AUGUGGGAUCCUGGGAAUUCUCUGGAUAUGGAGACUGGCGUGGGCACUUCACGCCCGAAUUCUGGGGUCGACACUGAUCCCAGUGUUGCGAAUCCGCCUCGGGACCAGGAUGCUUGGUUGGCAAAACUUAAGCUGGCGAUUGAGAAUGACAGCGGUCCAGAGCUGGACGAGUUGCUGGUCCACGGAGUGCGGCUGCAAAACGGCGUCAGCACGCUCCUGCCAGCCCGGGGUUGUGGCGAGGAUCCAAUGCUUACACCCUUGUUGUUCGCUGCCAAACAAGGCAGUGUAAACGCUUUCGACGCCCUCCUUAAACAUGGCUUGGAGGUCGCAUCCCAGACAACUACAGAUGACGAGACGGCUCUUCACCUCGCUGCCCGAUGGGGGCGUAUUGCCAUCAUGGAAAGGCUUCUCGAGAUUGAUCUGGAUCUCCUGGAUCAGAAAGCUUCAAACGGCAACACGGCAUUGCUCGAGGCAAUAAACGGGGCACAACCAGCUGCUGUUGAAUACUUGCUCCGCCAGGGUGCCGACUUCACGGUUCCAGGUCGACAUGGUCGGACUGCUUUAUUCUACACGCGUUUUCCAAACGCCUAUCCUUUACGCAAAAUCUUGUUCACAACGAUAUUCUCUGACGAUACUGCGGAAGGGCGAGAGAAGGCGAGACGAUUUGUAACAAUGGCAGACGAUUUCGGAGCGACGGUCCUGAGUGAAGCGGCGACGUCCGGCUACAUCGAAACUGCACUGCAUUUGCUCUCUACCCCGGCUUACUUUCCGCAGUCUCCUUUGCGAGACGAAAUAACUAGAUCCGAUGAUGAAGAGGCAGGGAAGGUGGAGGCCAUUCUCCAAAAGUGGAAGGAAAGUGCACAGCCCGAUGAGAAGCAGCGUCACCAGGCACCGGUGGCCUAUUGGGCCGUGGUCAAUGGGCGCGAGAGCCUACUUGACCUUGCUCACCAGAUCACCCUGGACAGGGACGGAGCUUCUUGGAUCCAUGUGGCUGCUAUCGGAGGCCAUACCCACGUUGUGAAGAAAUUCUCGAAGCAACAAUCAGAUCUCCUUAUCCCAGCCACAGCGGGGCUCACUCCAUUGCACUUAGCUGCUGCACAUGGCCAUGUUGAGCUGAUAAGGGACAUGGUCAAAGUGCUCCAGGAGCCACUACCGGUUGGUAACAGAGCAAUUGCCUCAAACACUGAAGGCCAAGCCGAGGAAAACGUUCGACACGGUGGCAUCUUGGACAUUAUGCUUGAACCAACGAAGCAAGGCCACACCCCAGUCGAUCUCGCCGUUCAGGGAGCCACGGAGAAGCACAUCCUCAUCGAAGACUUGCUCUGGGACGAGUUCUUUAAGAUAGCUGCCCAGCAGGCUGACCUUUUCCAUGGUUUAGCAGACGAUGUUCGACCUAACGCGGCAAAUGAGCUACUGGAGCUUGCCGCCAGAAGUCGCCCGUCGCGAAGGGACCAGAGAGUUAGACAACUUUUCCAGGUGAUGGUGGUGCACCGACUCUUGCCAGACUGGCGCACAUCGUCAAUUUCCCACCUCCCAAGAAGCGGUUCCAACCCUUUACACUGGGCAAUUUACUACCAACGUCCAACCGUCGUUUGGUGGCUUCUAGCCAGCGGUGCAUACCUUGGGGAAAGGAAUGUCGCGCGCGCCAUGAUGCUCAAUGCUCAAAUACACGAAAGUAUUUCAUAUUCGGAACGGCAUAAGAUAAAGCACAAUAUGAUCAUUGAAGGGCUGCUUUCUGACCCUCCUCCCAUCUGGAACUGGCCACCCCCAAGGGAUUUUAACCCUCCGUCGUUUCGACACAUGCUUCAUAAGUAUCACUAUGCACAGGGGUUAAUUAUGGAUUCAUCCAGCCGGACAGACCCCACCUUCUAUCCCAAGCGGCCCCGCAUUUGGGAGAUGAUAUAUGGCAAGGGACCGCGGAGGAUUAUGGCUGGUACCCACUAUCAAAGAUUUGCCACGGUGAAGAGAGGUAUCCAGGCCUCGACCGAAAGUCCUUAUGGAUUCGAAAACAGCAUGAACGAGGGACUGAGUGUGGAUGAGGAGAUAGGGAAUAGCAAGGCUUCAGAAACAUGGCGGAAUUGCCAUCUAAGACUACUCCAUUUGCCGAUGAACGAUGACUUAGUAGUCAGGCUCUGCCGAGAUAAGGGUCUGACGAACCGCGACCAUCGCCCUUUAGAAGACUUCGUGCAGCAGAAUAGUGUAGCCGUACCGGCUGGGGGUAGGAAAUAUUGCAUGAAGCCGCAGUGUGUGGUUAGUAUGCUCCUACGACCCCGUUCUCCGCGUGUUGCUAUUCAUUCCAAGCUCCUGACCGUCUGUCAACAGAAGUGGCAACAAGCCCCAACGAUGCAGCAAAGAAGCAAGCGAACGUUACAAGCCAAGCCCGCGGCGGAAACCCGUGGUGUUGAAAUGAUUUCGGUUCAUAUGCCAUACUUGUCGUGGACAGAUCGGCCGGUAGGACCAGCAGAGUUACCCUUGGGCGAGGAGGCCGAAAAACAGUAUCGGGAAAUGCAGCAACCAAUGACAUUGGCCCAGUAUUACUAUGUCUCUAAUGAGGACACGACUCAGCGUGAUAUGGAUCAGGUAAUGGGAAGAUACAUAGUCAGGCAGACCAAAGGAGUGAUGGGAAAGACAGGUGGUACGAGAAGAGUUAGCAACGAUACUGCUCCAUCGUCUAGGCAAGACGAAAACACGAUGAUAGACGGAGAGGCACAUCCCGAAUACGAAGCGCCUACGAAGUUGAUGACUGUUAAUCAACUCUGGGUUUGGCUCCUUGAUGACGGUACGUUAUCCUGGCAGCUCUGCCAGUCAUCCCUCGUCGGCAUGGAAAACCUGACCAGUGUUCCCAUUGCAGACACAAUAAUCGCCUGCACGCCCAGAGAACCAGACGGAGAUGACAGGGGCUUCAUAGAUUACUUGGUGAGCAAACUUGAACACCAGGCAAAGGGAUCAUCGGUCACAUCAAAAGUCAUGGCCCGGUUGCUCAUUGGCACCGCCGUCAGCCUCUUCAACGAGAAACAUAUCCCAGUACUGGGGACUCUGAGAUCGCCCCUGGAGAUCUUCCAGGCCUCCCUCCAAUACGCGCGGGAUUUGGAAGCACACCUUCUCAACAGAUUCGAAACCUCUUUGGGAGCUGACGAGGCUGACAAAGGAGGAUCCGAUACCGAACACACAGUGGAACGUGAGAUCAAUAACGGAUUCCUCAGGAUCGAAGCGGAGACCGGAUUCCUGCGGGAGUUGAAACAUAUCUGCGACGAGCUCAACAUCCUCAAAAAUCUAUGUGAAGACCAAGAACACGUCUGGGCGCAAGCGGCAGAGGUUCUAGGCAAUGACGACCAUUCCACCCACAGUGCAAAAAGCACCCCAAGCGAAGUAAAAAGACAGAUUAUAGGAAUGAUCCGCGAAGCCGAAGCCAUGCAGAGGAACAUCGAGUCUCUGCGAGACACGAGGCAGAGGCAAGCUAAUGUCCUGGAAGCGAGGUUUGCGCGGCAGCAAGCCGCGGAAACGGCGAGACAGGGGGAUACAAUUGUGGUUUUCACUGUCGUGACCAUCAUCUUCCUCCCGCUCUCCUUCCUCACGAGCUUAUUCGCCCUGAAUAUCAACGAUUUCCCACACAAGGGUGACGAUGUCGUUUAUCGAGGAGGGUGGAUCUUCCCAAUCCUCUUCGGCGUAUCGGCGGUUGUUUCUGGCUUCUUCAUGACAGUUGCAUUUCAGGUCAACUCGCUUAAGAAGCACAUAGCUCCUGUAUGGCAGCAUGUGAAGGGCGGGGUUAGAGGCGUUGCGUUAAGGAAGCGCUAA